AUGUCGACCUCGACGGCUACGGCGAUCAAAAGUGCUCGCCCACCGAUUGUCCCCAAAGACUUCUCCGCAGAACAACCCCAAACCAUUCGCCUUUACCCGCUGUCCAACUACACGUUCGGCACCAAGGAGACGCAGCCCGAGGAGGACCCAUCGGUGCUGGCGCGGCUGAAGCGCCUGGAGGAGCAUUAUGAGGUGCAUGGCAUGCGCCGGACAUGCGAGGGCGUGCUGGUCUGUCAUGAGCAUAACCAUCCACACGUCCUGAUGCUGCAGAUUGCCAACGCCUUUUUCAAACUCCCCGGCGACUACCUCAGCCCCGAAGAUGACGAAAUAGACGGAUUCAAGAAACGCCUGAACGAACGCCUGGCGCCCGUCGGCUCGCAGUUCUCAGGCGAGGGCGUCAACGAAGACUGGGAGAUUGGCGACACGCUGGCGCAGUGGUGGCGCCCGAAUUUCGAGACGUUCAUGUACCCCUUCCUGCCGGGGCACGUUACGCGGCCGAAGGAGUGCAAAAAGCUGUAUUUCAUCCAGCUGCCGAAGAAAAAGGUACUCUCCGUCCCCAAGAACAUGAAACUGCUGGCCGUGCCCCUGUUCGAACUAUACGACAAUACGGCGCGCUACGGCCCGCAGCUCUCGGCGAUCCCGCAUUUGUUGUCGCGGUACAACUUUGAGUUUGUCGAUGAGAAUGACAAUGUGGUGGCGGUCACGCCGGGGACUCCACUGGACGAGAACCAGAUCCCGCGGACCAGAGUGUUGGCGGGGGGUGAUGAGGAUGGACAGGAUACGGGCAUGACCGAUCAGUAG